CCGUUAGGCAGGAAGCGCGUGAGUUUGUUUUGAUUUCGACUUGACAGCUCCUUGUGAGCAAGUAUGUAGUAAGCUAACAGCAGCAGAGCCAGUUUUCGCAAUAACAUCUAAAAGAUGAAUCCAUCAAAUAUGCAGCAGAUGAGGAACAGAUCUCCGAGCCCAUAUGGCAGACGACCACAUAGUCACAGCCACACAGGUUCCACUCAAGAAGGCGGAAGGGAAAAGGAUUCUUCCUCGGAUCAUCAUCACCGCCAUGCCCACCACCACCACCACGACAGGUCAAGACCAAGAGUCAAAUCAGCAUCGCUGAAUCUGGGUCAGCGAAAUGAGCUGGAGAGCAUGGCUAACAUAGAGAGUGCAUCAGUACAUGGCAGCAUCAACCAUCAGCAUGAUGAUGACGACAACAUCGGCGAUGACGACAAGGCUGAGCUGCCUAAAGCAGCACCUGUCAACCGGAUUCCGUCCCUGUACACCCCCGGCAUGGAGGACCGACUCAGGAGGAAGCUGAAGGUGUUCUUCAUGGAUCCCUGCAGCAAGUUCCGAGCUAAACGGCAGUGGCCCUGGAAACUAUCUCUGCAAAUACUCAAGAUCAUUCUGGUCACAGUUCAGCUGGUGAUAUUUGGCCAGCAAAGGUCAAGUAUUGUGCAAUAUUUUGAGCGGAAUCAAAUUGCCUUGAAACACAUUUUGAUGAAAGACUGGAACCCCAGUUUUGAGACCCUGCCUUAUCCCCCGGCAACUGGCCAGUAUGCCUUAUACAUGCGCAAGAAUCUACUGGAGCACAUCAACAAUGCCAUGGAACAGUAUUAUAAACUUCCUGACAUAGCCAUUGGUUCAUUUCAAUUACGAAAAGAUGAUAAUGGUACCAUCGCACCAAUGAAGUUCUGCCGUAAUACAUACACAGAGGGCAAGAUCUUUGAUAACAACACAUUCAUCAUUGAUCCUAACGUGUUAUACUCUUGUUUGGAGCUGGUGUGUCCAGAGCAAAUUAAGGACGAGACAGCAUCUUAUAGCUGUGAUAUUGAAGAACUGCUGAAGGCAAGGAAUGCUUCAUUACAGUUUGACAGACUCAUAUCAAUUGAGCUGCACAUGACAAUUCGGUCGUACCACCUGGACCUGUUCACAGCUCACGCUGGACCGGCCUGCUUCAGCUCGGAUGUCCAGAUUAUGUAUGACAACAACGAGCGAGACGGUCAGGUCUUAGUGACCCUCAAUGCUGAUGUCACUGAGUUGCAGUGUCAUGGCCAGAUCUUGUCAGAAGAGUCAUCGUACCGGAGAGGGCUGAUCAUCUAUGAUGCGUUAAUUAUCAUCCUCUGUAUUCUGUCACUCUUCCUGUGUUUGCGCUCAAUAUACAGAGCCCAGGUGCUGAAGCGGCAAACAGUCAAAUUUUUCAUGAACCGGUUUGGGAAAAAGCUCUCCCUGACAGAACAGACUGAUUUCUUAAAUAUGUGGUACAUCCUGAUUGUUGUCAACGAUUCCCUGACUGUCGUCGGUUCCUCCUUCAAGAUACAGCUGGAAGAUCAGAAGUUUUCCAGUUCCUCUAAGAACUAUGACAUUGGCAGCGUGACGCUGGGCGUCGGCUGUCUCAUGGCCUGGAUGGGUGUUCUACGCUACCUUGGCUUCUUCGAGAAAUACAAUAUACUUAUAAUUACACUUAAGAAGGCUUUCCCCAAUGUGUUGAGAUUCCUGGUGUGCACCCUUGCCAUCUAUUUUGGCUUCACGUUCUGUGGGUGGCUGGUGCUAGGACCAUACCACAUGAAGUUCCGCCAUCUCAGCACUGCCUCUGAGUGUCUGUUCUCCCUUGUGAAUGGUGACGACAUGUUCGUGACAUUCUCUGCAACAGAGACAGAUAGUGACCUCAUCUGGUACUUCAGUCGCACCUACCUCUACGUCUUCAUCAGCCUCUUCAUCUACAUCGUCCUCAGUCUCUUCAUCGCAGUCAUCAUGGACACAUACGAGACCAUCAAGCAUUGCUACGAGCACGGCUUCCCCAAGACUGACCUGAUGAAGUUUAUAGAUGAGUGUACUGAGCCCCCAAAUUCCUCCGUGUAUCUCCAGGACAACAAGCCCUGCUGUCUCUUCUCGUGCAUGCCCUGUUGCAAUAGAGAAGAUCCCGAUACUCCUUCAGAGAGGACCCAUCUUCUCAGUCAAUCUAUCUGAGUCCACCUCUGGAGCAGGGAGAGCGCUACAAUCUCACAGUGUGGACUCAGGGACUCACCUUGCCUCUACAGUUUGUGCUAAGGAUCUGCACACACCGACACUACCACAAAGACACUACCACACAGAGCAAGACUGUCAUCACAGAUCAGAGUGGGAGAUGGCAGCCACAGAUGGAGAUGAUGUCACCCGUCAUGGAUGGCGACGAUGUCACAGAUGGUCAUGUCACCCUGUGCCGGGGUCACCAGCAACACAGAUCAGAAUGGGAGAUGGCAGCCACAGAUGGAGAUGAUGUUACCUGUCACGGAUGGCGACGAUGUCACAGAUGGUCAUGUCACCCUGUGACGGGGUCACCAGCAACACAGAGCAACUCAUGUUCACAGUGUCUGAACUUUUGUGAUAGUCAGUUGAUAUUAUAACUGGAAACAUGUUUGUAUACAUUAUACACUUAAUAUAACUAAUUUUGUUUGGAAAAUGAUGUACAUAUAUUUAUGACAUGAACCAUGAUGAAUAUAUUCUUUGCAAUAAGACCUUUUUCUUGUGACUGUGUCAUUUCAGUAGUAUCCACAGAGCUAGGACAUAGUAAUGAUAUUGUCAGGUAGACUGUCACCAUACCUAGGACAUGGCAAUGGUUUUGUCAGGUAGACUGUCAACAUGCCUAGGACAUGGCAAUGAUAUUGUCAGGUAGACUGUCACCAUACCUAGGACAUGGCAAUGAUAUUGUCAGGUAGACUGUCACCAUACCUAGGACAUGGCAAUAAUAUUGUCAGGUAGACUGUCAACAUACCUAGGACAUGGCAAUGAUAUUGUCAGGUAGACUGUCACCAUACCUAGGACAUGGCAAUGGUAUUGUCAGGUAGACUGUCACCAUACCUAGGACAUGGCAAUGAUAUUGUCAGGUAGACUGUCAACAU